UAUAAUUAACAAAUCAAAAUGCAAGUCAAACAAGAGGCAGUGCUGAGUGUCCCGACCCCACCGAUGACAGAGAGGAAGGUAGUCCCUGAUCGCUUCAAAUUAGGGAGGAAACUAGGCCAGGGAACUUUCAGCGUCAUUUUUGAGGCUUAUGAUACACAGAGAAAGGAAAAUGUUGCGUUGAAAAUAGAGAAGAAGGAUAAAAUCAAGACGAUUUUGUUAUUUGAAUACAAGGUUUUAUCAAAUUUGCAGAAUAAUGAACAUAUUUGCAAGGUAUAUGAUUACGUGGAGAACACAGAAUCAAAGCAGAACUUUAUUUCCAUGGAACUCCUAGGGAAUAACUUGGACAAAGUCAAGAGAAAUCAUAGUGAUGGCAAACUUCCAAGAGGCUUCGCCACCUUCAUCCUUAUGCAAAUGCUUGAUGCUAUUGAAGAAACACACCGUAGUGGGUUCAUUCACAGGGAUAUUAAAGCUUCGAAUUUUGUCCUAGGUAAAAAUUCAUCGAAGGUCUAUCUGGUGGAUUUCGGACUUGCGAAGAAGCAUCUCAAUAAGGAUGGGUACCCUAUCCCAGCCAGGAAAAAGGCUGACUUUAGAGGCACAGUCUCUUUCGCCUCUCUCAAUGCUCACUACUGAAUAGAUUUGUCGAGGAGAGAUGAUCUAUGGAGCUGGUAUUUUGCCUUGCUAGACUUUUACAAGGAGCCAUUAAAAUGGAGAGCCAACAAAGGACUAACUAUGGCUCAAGUAAAGGAAGUGAAAGAAGAAUGACUCAAAGAUCCAGAGAACAAACUAUGGAGUAAAGAGACAGAAGAUUUGCCAGAGAUUAAAGAGAUCUGGAGCUCAAUAAAAAGACUUGAGUACAAAGAUGAGCCAGACUAUAAUUUUAUCAGAGGAAGACUCAAGCAGAUUUAUGACAGAUCGCAAUAUAUCCCACGAUGGAACCCUCAUCCAUAUGAGAGAUAUGAUGACCAAUAUUUAAGGUCUUCUAUGGAAGUUCCUUUUACUCGCAAUUUUAUGAGUAAUAAUGAUAUUGAUAUUGCAAAGCCGAUGGGGUACUAUAGAGAUAAUUUGCAGCCAAGAAUCACUUAUCCUCAAUACCCUGCUGGAAAGAAUUAUGUCUCUCAUACUCCUGCCCCAGCACCAGCUCCUGAAUAUAUGAAUUCAAUCGGGCAGACAGCAAUGUAUAAUCAACCAACUAUGACACAGAACUAUUCGAUAGGAUUGACAGCUCCUCCUUCAAUACCUCACCCAAUUCAGACACCAACAUUACCAAAGAUGCCAUUGCCAGAAUUUGAACCAAGAGAGACGAAUUUGAACGUCUCUUUGAACCAAAUAUUGAGGUUCCCUUACCAAAUUGUAGUUCCCCCAACUGCUGAGAUUAAUCAAAGCAUCUCAAUUAGCAACUUGCCACCUCUGAACGAUCUGGCGAUAAGGACGGGUAUUAAUAACUCUGUCAGCACAUUGGUGCACAAAGGACUUUGAUACCCUGGUGGAAGUGAACUAAUUCUUCCAAUUUCAAGCAUAUAUGCUAAGAAUUGAGCCAAAUAUCCUCCUGCUCAACGAGAAAUACACUGGGAGAGUAAGCCGAUGACCUCUCAUGAUCCUAACCUCAACAUUGGAGGUCCUCACAAUUACUACAGUUUUUCACAGAGAGAUUUCAUGCCAAAGGAGGAGCCUAGAACUCUAAAUAAUGAUUAUAAUCUUCCUCCUCCGCAGCCGCAGGCUGCGGGGAUGAUGCCUAAUAAUAUGAUGCAUAGGUCCUACGCUCAAAAUCCUUCUUACUGCUAUCCCACUGUGGAGACAAAGCCUGAGUGAGAGAAGUUUGAGAAGAGAAAUAAUUUCUAGAUUUGACAAACAGAGAGUAAUUUAAUAGUCUAUCAUCUAAUUUCUUUCUAU